UCGUUUAUUUUAAGAAGGGUUGCUGCACUCACAUGGACAAUUGUUGUGAAGAAGUUGUCGAGCGACGAGGGCUCUGAUGACCAGUAAUGCGCCAAUUACUGCAUAGAGCUUUAAGCAGACACCGAUAGCCAAUGGUUGCACCAUUUUGCCUUUCAGGUGCUUUUUACGCGCAGACGCUGCACGCUGUGGGAGAAGAGAAAGUAAACUGUAACGGGGUUUGAUUACAGAGAGAGGAUGGUGGCAGAGAUGGCGAGCUGCGGAGCGGCUCGUCAUCUGGAGAACGGAGACGGAGAUAUCCCCGCACCUGAAAACAAAGAUAAUCUGACAGAAAGUGACAGCAGCAGUUCAGAGAACGCGGGAACAUCCACUGAAGAAAGCUCUGAGGAAGAAGAGGAGGAAGACUCAGAAGCCUGCGCUGAGAAGGAUGAAGGAGAGGAAGACAAUGACGAGGCCGAUGCUGAGGGGUCAAAAGAUGAGUUCAACCGUGGACCUAAAGCAGAGGUGGCAAAUGGGAAAGAUGAGGGGAACUUCAAAUUAUGCUGUGAAAAAUGCAAAGCCAUACAGCAGAGCCAUGGCAGUGAGCUCGUUACUCCCAGGAGGAUCUCGAAGGGGCGAUUACAGGUGCAGCUGGAGGCAGAGGGCACAUAUGAGUGUUCAGUCACCGGACUGGUGUUUGAAGCAUCAGAGCGGGUCCUUGUGCGGUACUCUGUCUUGUCCUGGUCCAAGUUUGGCGCAUUCCUCCGGGACUCCUGGAAGUUUGCCGGGCCGAUAUUUAACGUGGACACAGUUGACAAGGAUGCAUCCGUCCUCAAGUCCAUUCAGUUUCCUCACUCUGUCUGCCUGGCUGAUCAAGACAAUGAGAUGACAUUCAGUGUCCUGCACAUAAAGGACAACCGUCCAGUCAUUGAGCCAACGAUGGACCACUCAGGCAGCCAUGUUAAGUGGCGUGUGUCGUCCCUCUCUCCCGUGGGUCCCAUCAUCCAGACCAACCAGUCUGUAGAGCACCACGGGGUGGUCCUGAUCUACAAACAGCAGGGCAGUGGCAACAACAACUACAGCUUCCACAUUUACCUGGCCACCAACAGCUCAUCUGACAUCAAGGAUAUAAGAAACCAGGUGCGGUGCUACAAGAAAUGCUACAGUCAGAUAAUUAAGCCUCCCACUUGUAAACUGGAUGAAGGGACGUAUCGUCUAACGAGUGAGCCAGAAGGGGAGAUCAAACCUGAGGAUUUGAAAUUCACUCUUGCGGUGACAAAGAUGAAAGGCUACUUUGAAGCUUUCUUUGAGCAGCCUCCUCCUUUUAAAUUGUCUCUCAUAGAGAUGAACACUGAGGAGACUGUGUGGUCUGCCACCAUCAGAGAAGGGGACUGUUUGGAUAACAAAGAAAAAAAGCCUAGAAAAAGAACAAACAGCAGACAGAGGAGCAGCAGCAACUCAGAAGAAGAAACGGCCUGUAAAAGACCUCGAUCGCAGGAUGAGUCAGACGGAGUGAAAACGGCAACAACUCAGGGCCAGGACAUGUCAGAGAAACAGCUACUACUGGUGGCAAAACGGCUGGGGAAGGAAUGGAAGCAGGUGGCCAUCUAUCUGGAUGUGAGCUCCAGUAAGCUGGAUGAGAUCCAGGCAGGAGAGAAAGAUGUGACCAUGCAAAAGCUGAAGAUGCUGCUGGAGUGGAAGAGUAGGAGACGGCCGAGAGAGGCCACGGCAGCCCACCUGUGGGAGAGUGUGAAGGAUCUGGAUGACUUGCCAAAUGAGAUCGAUCACACGCUGCGAGACAUGAUGGGCAGCUGAGCAGCCAAGUGAAAGGGAAGUGACUUAAAUUGACUAUGGGAAGAAAAAAAACAUCUCAGGAACUGAAGCCAGGGUUGGUAUCUUGAACAAACAAUAUUCUGGACAUUAAAAUGAUUGAUGGGUCAUUGUAUUGCUGCAUUUUACAAAAAGGGCCACUGUCUUAACUCUGGAUGGGCAUUUACCCCUAAUUCUGUUCACAUGUGGUCCCGUGGCUCUGUAAUGAAUACAGAACAGUCAAGCUAUACCUUAAAAUACCUUUGUGUAGCCAGAAAUGUAAGGCUUAGCAUUCAGGUUAAAAAAUGACUGGUCAAGGUAGAGGUCAUUGAUAUGUUUAGUAGCUAAUUAUGUAGCCAGUACUAGAUGUAAAUGUAGGUGCUGCAGUGUUGAAACUGCAAAAAAGUCCAAAAAAUCCAACCUGUGUAUCUUGUUUCACUUUAAGAUGUUAUGUUUGUGGGACUUUUUAUAAAACAAUUAAGCAUUACAUCACAUGCAUGUGACUGUCCAAAGUAGGCUGAAUUACUGAGCUACAUUUUUUUUAUAUUUCUACACACUAUGUACUGUAUAUAUCGUUUUUUAUCUACUUUUCUAAACUUUUUAAAGUCUGUUUUGUUUGUUUAUGUCUGUUGAUUCGUCAAAUAAGAACCUGUAAGAUAGCUGGAGUUGCAAGAUGUUUAUUAUUAUGUUUAACUUGAACUUUCAAUCAACUCCUACAUUUCUUAGACUGAAAAGCACAUUUUUUUCUUUGUUAAAUAUGAAUCUUGUUUUUGUGUACUGUGUAAAAAAACAAAAACAAAUCACAAGCAUUUUGAUGCAGGGCUUAAUUGAAAUAUUCCACAUCAGUGAGUGCAGCUACAGCCUGGUAGCAUUGAUAUAUUGUUUAAUGAAAUAUGCUGUGGAAAUAUUUCCGUUACAAUCUCUCAACAUACUGGGCAUUUAAAUGGUAUAGUCACAGCAGCUUUUUGUCUUCUUAAUGGUACUGCCUCCAGACAUCUCAACAACACUAUUUUGGAAAAGCUGCAGAAAUGGCAUGAGGAAUGUUUUUAGGGUCAUCCAUGUUGAUAUUCUGCAGUAGUGUUUACUUUGAUAGAGCAAUGCCACUUCCUUUAAAUGCUUUACCACCAACAUUCCAGUUUGUCCUUUUUGCACUUGUUUACAUUCAGGUCUGAGUCCAUCCAAAUACUUUUGUAAUGACAGUAACAAAAAGUAAAUGUUGACUGAAUAAAACAA